UACUCUUAAAAUAGCGGAGAUGAUCUUCAAAACAUUGCUGAUGGCGACUUGUGCUUUAUCAACGAUACUCGCUUUUGACUCCAAGAAAAGCACCGAGGAUAUAUUUGCCGAAUGGUGGAGGCGUUCCGAUGAGGAUCACCCGGAGUGUUUCGAAUCGUCGGGUGUACUUCAAGAGGAAGUCGAAAAUUACUUCGUACACUUUCAGAUGAGUUCAAGGCGAAACUUUAAAUGCUAUCUUGAGUGCAUCUUCAAGGGUUUCAAGUUUGUUAAUAAGGACGGCACACUUAAUCAAACUGAGUUCGUUCAAUAUGCCGCCAAGGUAUCGAACGAGAUGUUCGACGCCUGUAAUUCGAAAGUCGCUAAAGAAACCGACGGGUGCGAGAUGGUAUAUCAGUUUGCAUAUUGCAUUGUACAUUAUGCCCACAUACAGGGAGUGUUGAUAGGGUUUCCAGUUUUCAUUUACUGUGGUGUAAUCUAUUUCCUCUUUUUCCCGGGUAUUGUCCUCCAUUCUGUCGUUGAGCUGAGGGAUAUGAAGAAUCUGAGGGAUCCGAGGGAUAUAAAGGACCCGAAAGAUCUGAAAGAACCGAGUGAUCUGAAAGUUGCGACGGAUCUGAAGGAAUCGUGCGAUCUGAAGGAUUCAAGGCAUCUGAAAGAUGCGAUGGACCUGAAGGAUCUGUAG